CCCACUACUCGAUCGGUAGACGUAGGGCCGCGACCGAUCGUGGUUGCGCCACCGCUACCGAGCUUGGAUACACGCGGUAUCGCUUAGCUGUCUCCGAGAUAGCGAGAGUAGUGAGCUGUUUCAGCUCAAGCGGAAUACAACUUCGUUGAACGAGACGAACCGAGCUUACAGUUUUUCAUACUGGGUCCGUUUUUCAUACGUAAUAAAUAUAACGUUGAGGCACGAUCGAAAGGUAUUUUUAUCAAGAGAUUCGCGUUAAAAUCGAGUGAUAGAGUUGCGCUAGUGUUGCACGAGAUAGUCGCUGAGACGAACAUGCCGGGCAAGCAAUUGCAAAAUGGUACUUAUGAGAUCGAUUACAAGCGAGCACCCGACCAAAAGACGCGCUGGGAAGCUCUCCGAGAUUGCAUUCACGAUCCAGUCGAAGGCACUUACUGCGGCCACACGGGGAAGAAAUGGGUUGCGUCUAUUGCACCAAGUAACCUAGGACAUAAUGCCAUCACUGGAGCAUUCUAUGCUUGCUUCUUCAGCGUGUUGGCCUUGCUCUUUGCUAUUUGCAUGAAAGGACUGUUAGCUACACUAAGUUAUGAAAAACCAAGGUGGAUUCUGGAGGAAAGUAUAAUAGGAACCAAUCCAGAUAGUCUAGGAUUUCGGCCGAUUUCCGAAAAUACUGAUGAAAGAUCCUUAAUUUGGUAUAGUUCAUCAGAUCCCAACUCGGUACAGAAGUGGACGGGCUUAUUAGAUAAAUUUUUAGAAGAAUAUAUUAAUUCGUCGACAUUACCAAAUGGCGGUAGAAAUCAACAGAUUUGUAAUUAUAACACACCAGUUAAGCCUGGGCAUGUUUGUGCAGUUGAUGUGAACAACUGGGGACCCUGCUCACCUAGUCAGCAAUAUGGUUUCAACAACUCAGCUCCUUGUGUCUUUAUUAAAUUAAAUAGGAUAUACGGUUGGGUGCCAGAAUAUUAUAACAACACCAAAGAUUUACCGAGCGAUAUGCCACCAAGUCUUGUGCAACAUAUUAAAUCAAUCAACAGUUCAUGGCUAAAUACCGUGUGGGUAUCUUGCGAAGGUGCAUAUCCUCAUGAUAAUGAAGUAAUUGGUGAACUGAACUAUUAUCCCGAAAGUCACGGAUUUCCAGGAUAUUACUAUCCAUACCAAAAUAUUCCUGGUUAUUUAAGUCCCGUUGCUGCUGUGCAUUUUCUUCGGCCAGCAAGAAAUCGAAUAAUCAACGUGAAAUGUCGGGCUUGGGCAAAGAAUAUAAAAUAUGAUGGAACCAAAGAUCAGCAACAUGGCAUGGUACAUUUUGAACUUAUGAUCGACGAAUGAUCAUACUUAUAUUUGUACAAAAAGCAAAAUAAAAUCAUGCAGCAGCUGGAAUGCAAGAUGCUUACGUACGCUGUAAAUUUGGAAAAACCAAUCGAUAAAAUUUUGGUAAAUUAAAAACAUACAUUGAAAAAUUAGGAUUUGUAUGAAUAUAACAGGCGAGUAAGCAGCAAUCAGAAAAUGCUAUUAUAUAUAUUUUGGAUUGGCUAUGCAUCCAUUUUGAUUCCAUGGUUAUUUUCACUAUUGAAUGUUGACGAAUAUGCUGCAAAACAAAAUAUUUAUUAAUCAUCGACACUUAUUAUGAUUAUAAAGACGAAAUUUAGAUAAAUCGUUAUCGACACUAUUUCAUUAAACUAAAAGUUUCUUUUUUAUAUGAACUGUUUAUAUCUUAAGAGAGAAUAUAUUAUGUAGCUACUGGUACUUAUUAUAAAUUAAAUUAAAUGGUUUUGAAAAAGCAAUUCUGGCUCGAAAUAUAAAAAGAAAAGGAGAAAUGUAUUUAAAAUACACCAGAUUUGUGAGAUUAAUGAAAUUGUUCUAUACAUUUAAUGAUGCUUAUAACAUUAAUUAUGCGAGUAAACAUAAACGAACAAAGAAGAAUGCAUUGUAUAUACAGCGAUUAUAUCUUUUACUUUUUUCAUGGUUUACCAUGGUAAAUAGCAAGGCGUAAGAAAAAUGCAAAGCAACAUGUCAUUACCUCGUUAUAUUUUCAAUGUUGUUUAUUUAUAUUGGCUCAUGUACAUAGACAUAAUAUAUAUUGCAAAUAAAUAAUUUUAAGUAUCUUUUCCAUAAUAAGUCAAAAAGAAUUGCUUUUGCUAUAUUUGAAUCUUCAGUUAAUGUCAAUCGAAUUAAAAAAUAAAUUGGUACGAAAUAAACAGUAAUUUGAAAUCAAUUUUUUAAUCUAUGUAGAAUGUUCUUUUGAGAUACUAUAAAUAAUUCCGUAUAUGAACAAUAAUAUUUUUGCGAGUUCUCUUUAUACUCAAACGUUUAUGAAUUUCUCUAUAGUUUUCCCAGUAAUAUUUUUAUUACAAUUAAAUAACAAUAUAAGAUCUACAACAGUAUCUAAAAUAUACCAUUAUCUUUUCUGCUAGAAAUAUAAGAAGUUAAAAUUAUCCUUUGCGAUCUACUCAAUAUUUAAGAGAGACCGAUGGAAAAUAUCAAGAUCUCGAAACUCUGUAACAUUCAAAUUAAUUAUUCAAAUCAUACUUAGAUAUAUAGGUACUUAUUGAAUAUAUGUACUUAUGUCGUUUAUAGUGUUUACUAUACAGACUUGUUUAGGAAGUAAUUUUAAGUUGAUAAUAAUAAUGAUGUAUCUAACUAUACAUAUAAAUAAAAACAACUUUUGAAAUUGAACAAAUUCUGGAUAAUAACUAUAUGCUGAAACUGUGAUGUUUUAUUACACUUACAAUUUUAAAUUUUGUAAUUUAUUAUAUAUAGCUAAUACCAUAUUUGAUAAAAUAAUGGUGAAAGAAUAUAAACUCAUCAUAUUCAAACAAGGCACUUCAGAAAUAAAAAAAUAGUAUUUCCUCUUCUAUAAAAUGGUACUUUAUUUUUUGCAUAUAGUUGUAAUAUUUUCAAAAUACGGAACUCGCUUUAAUUAUCGGGUCUAAUUAUGAUAUACGUAAUAUAUAACUAUAUAGUCUUAUUUUGAUAAAUUCGUUCGUAAAUGUAGAUUUAAUUAUGUAAAUCAUUUAUUCGAGUAUACGGUCCUGAUUUUCAAU